CGUCAGGGCACCCGAAAAGUCAGUCAGUGCCAGUGCAGCCAGGAGCACCCGGUCCCCCUGCGCCCGGGCGAGCGCCAUGGAGCUCACCGCGGCCACGCUGCUUCUGCUGCUCCUCGGCCUCGCCUGCCUGGGCGUCUGCCUCCACAGGAAGGGCCAGCAGAAGAGGGGGGGGUUGCCCCCGGGCCCGCGCCCGCUGCCCCUGCUGGGGAACCUGCUGCAGCUCGAUCCCAAGGACAUGGCCAAAUCUCUUCUCACGCUAAGCGAGCGCUACGGACCCGUCUACACCCUGCACCUGGGCCUCCAGCGAGUGGUGGUGCUGUGUGGCUACCAGGCGGUGAAGGAGGCCCUGGUGGACCAGGCCGAGGAGUUCAGCGGGCGCGGGGAUCUGCCCGUGGUCUUCCGCUUCACCCAAGGGAACGGCAUCGCCCUGAGCAACGGGGAGAAGUGGAAAGUCCUGCGGAGAUUCGCCCUGCAGACACUGCGCAACUUCGGCAUGGGCAGGCGCAGCCUGGAGGAGCGGAUCCAGCAGGAGGCGCGGUGCCUGGUGCAGGAACUCGCCCAAACGCAAGCCGCGCCCUUCGACCCCACCUUCCUCAUCAGCCGGGCCGUCUCCAACGUCAUCUGCUCCGUCGUCUUCGGGGACCGGUUCGAGUACCAGGACGGGAGCUUCCUCACCUUGGUCGGCCUCAUCAACCAGAACUUCCAGCUGCUCAGCUCCCCGUGGGGGCAGCUGUACAACAUCUUCCCCGGCCUCAUGUCCUACGUGCCGGGGCCUCACAACAGGAUCUUCGAGAACUUCGAGCAGCUGCGGCUCUUUGUGCUGGAGCGGGUGAAGAUGCACCAGGAAUCCUUUGACCCCAACUGCCCCCGUGACUUCAUCGACUGCUUCCUCCUCAAGAUGGAGCAGGAAAACCAGGACCCACUGAGCUACUUCCACACGGAGACCCUGGUGAUGACCACGCACAACCUGUUCUUUGCGGGCACGGAGACCGUCAGCACCACCCUGCGCUACGGCUUCCUCCUCCUCAUGAAGUACCCGGAGAUCCAGGCCAAAGUCCACGCUGAGAUCGACCAGGUGAUCGGGCGGCACCGCAGCCCGUCGGUGGAGGACCGGAGCCGCAUGCCCUACACCGACGCCGUGAUCCACGAGGUGCAGCGCUUCGGCGACGUGAUCCCCAUGGGGGUCCCGCACGCGGUGACCCGGGACACCCGCUUCAGGGGUUUCCUGCUUCCAGAGGGCACCAACGUGCUCCCGCUGCUGUUCUCUGUGCACAAGGACCCCACCCAGUUCAAAGACCCGGCCACAUUCGACCCGGCCCAUUUCCUGGACCCGAGCGGAGGCUUCCGGAAGCAGGACGCCUUCAUGGCCUUCUCCACGGCGCUUCGCCCUCUCGCCCCUCGCCCGCCCGCAGGACCUCGACGUCUCGCCCCUGGUGAGCGGCCUGGGGAACGUGCCGCGCCCCUACGAGUUCCGGGCCGUCCCUCGCUGAGCGAGCCGCUGCCCAUCCCGCCUCCGCUGCCCUGUCCCAGCCUCGCGUGCUGCAGCCUUUGCACGCCUGAGAGGAGCUCGCAGGCCUCGUCGCUUGCAGUGUCUGAUCAGCCCAACGGCCGGGUCUCCUGCUCUCGAGAUCUUACCGCGCUGCCUGGCGGGCUGCUCGCUUUUAACGUCCCGAGCUCCAGAUUCGUGAGCUUCGUUCAGGUUUUCAUUACAAUCAACUACAAAUAAAAAUUGUCCAGCGCUGGGGGUGAUAGAGAAACGUUUAGAAACUUGACUCGAGUAAAGAAACCAGAAGCAAAUAAAACGAACCCAAAUCUCAGCCAAUCCCGUGAUUUUUUUCAGUCCUGAUCUGUUGAGCGCUCGGGGUUGGCCGGGUUGCUGCUGUUAACGGGACUGGGCACUGGUGGGGCAGAGCUGGCAAAGCUGCCACCAGUUCUGCUGUCUGCAUUUUGAGCGCAGAGAAAAGCUGCAACAACCAUCGGAGGGUUGGAAAAUUGCCUUGCUGGGUGAGGCUUCCGGAUCUCGGUCUGUUUAGUUCAUCGGGGUCUCGGCCGCAGCUUCUCAAUCCAUUCACCAGGCCUAACGGGCCCGUGAAGCUAGAGCAGAGAGGCAGAACCAAUUCCUGGAAGUUAAAGCCAGACAAAUUCCCAUUAGACAUAAGGCAGACAUUUAAAGCCCACACUCCCUGGGGAAGUGGUGGAUUCUCCACCAUUGACAACUUUUAAAUCGAGAGGGGAUGUUUCUCUGAAUGAUCUGCUCCAGGAAUUAUUGUGGGGCCGUUCUCUGACCGGAUCACUUCAUUAGACACAACUUAGUGGGCUCUGUAAAGGUCAAAUUAACUGAUUGUAACAGUCAUUAUUGGCCUUAAAAUCUCUGAAUCCCAGUUUUCCUGGGACAAUCCCUGUUUGCCACAGGAGGACCCGGGAAUUUCUUUCAGGCCACCUGAAAAGUCCAAGUUUUCCAAUUCGUCCAUUCACAAGGUUUAGCCUUUUUAAUAACUACAAAAACCUCCUCUUGCUGCAUGGGGGAGAA